UAGGACGCCCUGGUGAGCGCACAUAAAACCCCCGAGUCUCCCGAGCUCCGAGGACGGACUGACGGAGGAAGCCACGCACUCGACUCCGGGUUGAGGCUCAAGCGCUGAUAAAUCUCCCCCAGUUUAGGAGAGAAAAUCAACAACACGUCCACAGAAAGAAAGAAAUAAACCAGAAAAAAAAAACGAAAAGAGAGAAAGAAAAAGUAAGACACAGAAAGAUAAUAGAUUAAAAAAUAAUAAUAAUAAGAGCGAAAGCAAGGCACCAGAAGCAGGAGAUAACGACAGGAGAAGCGAAGUACCUCGGACCCAAGGGCGAUGGACGGCUCGAGCAGAGGGAGGGGCGUGACGUGGCUGGCGACGACGUGGGCGCUGCUGGUGGCGAUAGCGGCAGAGCCUAAAGCCCCGGCGUUCCCCGUGCCCAGUCCCGAAGACACGGCCCACUGGCACCAACUGGCCGCUAAUGAUUUGCAAGAUGCCAUGUUUGCUGCCACCAUGCACGACUGGAGCAUUGCCAAAAAUGUGGUGAUGUUCGUGGGCGACGGGAUGGGCAUCACGCCCUCGGUGGCCGGCAGGAUCUACAAGGGCCAGCGGCGCGAGGGCUCGUCGGGAGAGGAGGGCUACCUGGCGUGGGAGCGGUUCCCCAACAUGGGCCUCAUGAAGACCUACGUGCUCAACAAGCAGGUGCCCGACAGCGCCGCCACCGCCACCGCUUACCUGACGGGGGCGAAGGCGAACAUGUACACCCUGGGAGUGGACCACACCGUCAUGAAGGACCAGUGCAUGGAUUCCCUCGACCCGGAAAAAUGGAGGAACUCCGUGCUCAAGUGGGCUCAGGACGCCGGCAAAAACACCGGCUUCGUGACGACCACACGCCUCACCCACGCCACGCCCGCGGCCCUCUACGCCCACACAGCCAACAGGGACUGGGAGUGCGACGCCAAGCUAGGGAGCUACGGACACGGCUGCAGGGACAUCGCCAAGCAGUUCGUCGAGGACACGCCAGGGAGAGACAUCAAUGUGGCUCUCGCGGGCGGGCGGUUCGUGAUGGGCGCGAGCAAGGGCGAGAAGACGAAGCUCAACUGCGUGCGGGGCGACGGCCGGAACCUGACGGAGGAGUGGCUGAGGGCCAAGCGCGCCCACGGACACACCGCCCGCUACGUCACCAACACCCGCGACCUCCUCAGCACCGACUACGACUCCACGGACUACCUCUUGGGCCUCUUCGCUGACGACCACUUGGACUACGAAGCAGACCGCGAUCGUGGACCUCUUGGCCAACCCAGCCUGGCCAACAUGACUCGCGCCGCCAUCAAGAUGCUGUCCAAGAACGUCCACAAAGGUUUCUUCCUUCUGGUCGAGGGCGGGAGGAUCGACCACGCCCUCCACGAUACGCAGCCCCGCCGAGCCCUGGAGGACGUGCUGGCCCUGGACGACGCCGUGGCAGAUGCCCUGAGCACCCUGGACCUGGACAACACCCUCAUCAUCGUCACCGCCGACCACUCGCACGUCAUGACCAUCAACGGCUACUCUCAGCGGGGCAAUGACAUCUUGGGCACGAGCGAUGAGCCGUCAGACAUCGACCAGAUGACCUACACAACCCUCAUGUUUACCAAUGGCCCAGCUUACAACUACUCUUGGAAUGGUGUCAAUGUGACCCGACCCGACCCCAAGACGCAAAACACUACAGAAUUAGGUUACAAGUCCCUCGCUGCUGUUCCACUGUCUUAUGAGACCCACGGUGGUGAAGAUGUAGCUGCUUAUGCCAUAGGCCCAAUGUCUCACCUGCUGCACCGUGUCCACGAGCAGAGUUACCUGGCCCACGUGAUGGGUUUUGCCUCUUGCAUUGGCCCCUACAAAGAUAACUGCGAGAGACCCAAAUCCCACUUCUCCCGCUUCCUUCCGCGGGUAAAGAGCUACAGGCGGAAGAUUAGAUUAUAAGGGUUUAAUAGUAUUAAAAUACAAUCAAACAUGUACAUAUUGUAGAGUCUGUGACACUGUCUCGUUCCCCUUUUCUUACAGUCUAUAUGAUAACUGGUACUUGCUGCAAUUUAGCAGAGUCUCUUCCUGUUUUUGCUAUCAAUUUCUCCACUGACUUAUAAAAGCAUUUUAGAAUGUGCUAGUAACAAUUAUUUUCACUUCUUUAUGUUAUGUUAUCUGGUCCACGUGAUGGGUUUUGCCUCUUGCACUCGCCCCUACAAAGAUAACUGCGAGAGACCCAAAUCCCACUUCAGGCGGAAGAUUAGAUUAUAUGGGCUUAAUAGUAGUAAAAUACAGUCAAACAUGUACAUAUUGUAGAGUCUGUGACACUGUUUCAUUCCCUAUUUCUUAUAGUCUAGAUGAUAACUGGUACUUGCUGCAAUUUAGCACAGUCUCUUCCUAUUUCUACUAUCAGUUUCUCCACUGACUUAUGAAAUUAUUUUAGAAUGCGCUUGUAACAAUUAUUUUCACUCCUUUCUGUUGUGUUAUCCCAAUAAAUGCAAGGUCUUAUGAGUUCAAUCUUCUACAGCAAACAAUACCUUUAUGCCAUACAUACUGACAAUAAUCUUACUGCAUUUACUGAGUGAGCAGCAUUUACCACUAUUCUUUAUAUGAAGACCACAGUUCCAUGACAUUUCUAAAGACAAAUCUUGCAUCUUAGAAUAUAACAUUUGCAACAAAUACAAAAGCUGUCCACUGUAAGACCUUGCUGUACACUAGCUAGUGUGUGGGCAAAACCAUGUGAAUUACUUAAACAAGGAAUGAACUCAGGGUAACCUUUAUGUAACAUGAUCUAGCUAGUACAAAGAAAUGUCUCAAUCUGCACUUAUAUACAUAUAUUUUGUCCUACAGAUUCUCUUUGCAAACUUUCUUCUCUUUAAACCAUAGAUAUUCAAGUAUUUGAAUCUUGAAAAGAAAAGAGGGAACAAACUUCUAUUUCAACCCAGUCACUUCAAGACAGUGCUCUUCUAUGUACAGUACACCACAAGCAAUCACUUCCACAUUAGCACCUGAACACUAUACCUCACACGAAGUUGACCGUCUCAACCCUACCCAUUCAGAUGUUACCAACUUGUACUGUGAAUUGUGUGUGUGACAAGUUCAGAACGAGUUUUAGUUACCGGUGAUGGAAAGUUUUUAAGUUGUCUCACAUACAAAACUGAAAUGUCUCCAACCAUAUAUGUGUGUAUAUACUGUUAUGUUGGCCAGUUCUAAUUGUGACUUGGAAAAAUUAAGCAAAAGCAUCUAAUACAGAUCUUUUCCCAUGUAAAAUCAAACUGUCUGGUAAAUAAUGGUGUUGACAACAUAGUAGAUCAUUUAUAUUUUUUAGAUUUUUAUAAACUUAAAAUAAAUAAAUUUUUUGUA